GCUAGGAACUCACUACGACGACGUUUCUUGCUCACGCCUUUACUGGAGGCCAAAGCUCUCUGGGCUUGCAAGAUGAAAACUUUCUUUCUGCUUCUGGCCUUUAUACUUGGCUUUGGGGUCUGUAAUGGGCAACGAAUUCGUCCUGGUCGAUGUUCGUUCUACGAGAAGCGCAGCGAUUGUCCGGUGUAUAUCUGGGACAGAUGCACGUGCGAUCAAGAUUGUCCCCUCAACAUGAAAUGUUGUUUUACGGGCUGCAAAAACGUCUGCAUUUUUCCAGACAAGAAUGUCACCAUUACAACAAAAGCAGACGUCGUAUUCAUCAUGGACUCAUCUGGAAGCAUUGGCAUCGAUGACUACAAUAAGGAGAAGCAGUUCGUCAAAGAACUUGCCAAUAUCUUCGACAUUUCUAAAGGACAAGCCAGAUCAAGUGUUAUCAUCUAUGACGAUUUUCCAAAACUUAUAUUCGGCUUUGAAGACAGGCUUGAUAACAGGAAUGUAAGCGCAGCCAUCGAAGGUUUGGAAUACCUUAAAGGAAGAACUAGAAUAGACAAAGCGUUGGCUGUCGCGGAGGGGGUUUUUACAGAUGCGCGUCCGACUGUCCCACGUAUCGCUUUCAUUUUAACGGACGGGAAACAAACUGAAGAUUUCGAUGCCAAGCCGUUAGACGUUGCUUCGAAACCGCUCAAAGACUUGGGCGUCAAAAUGUAUGUUAUAGGCGUCGGAGCACAUGUGGAUAUUAAUGAACUGAACUUGUUGGCUGAGAGACCUCAAGACGUGUUUACAGUCGAUUCGUUUGACGAUUUGCUGAGAAGACUGAGGGAAAUUAUUCAGCAUGCAGACCAACCUGAUUCCGCCAAACCAGUCAACCUGACAGCUGAUCUUCUAUUCCUACUCGAUUCCUCAUGGACUGUUACCCAAGAUGAGUUCCAGAAAGAAAAGAAACUUGUCAAAAACUUAGCAAAAUCGUUCAAAGUUUCACCAGAUUACACCAGGGCAGGAGCAAUCACGUAUUCGGACACAGCCUUGCUUGACAUCCCACUCGAAAAGCAUUCAGACAUUGCUAGCUUUAGCUCUGACGUUGAUGGCUUGGUGUACAAGGGAGGAAGAAAGAGAAUAGAGGGUGCCUUACAGUUGGCAAGCGAUACUUUUGAUAAUGCAAGACCUCAGGUGCCUAAGAUUGCAAUCGUUUUAACACGAGGCAAUGAACUUACCGAUCUUAAUUCUUAUGCUAUGGAGAACGCAAUUCGUGGUUUACGUGAAAAGAAUGUUCACGUGUUUGUGAUAGGGGUCGGUGAGAAUUUGGAUAUCAAUGCCUUGGGUAGGAUUUCCAACAAACUAAAAAAUGUCAUCUAUGAGAAGACGUUUGAAAGGUUGGACCACUAUGCGCCGUCUGUUGCAAGAUAUAUAGCCAAGCAUACAGACAUCUCGACACCGCUUGAUCCAAACACUGAUGUCAUCUUUCUCAUCGAUUCUUCAAAAACCGUUGGCGGAGAAAACUACAAACGUGAAAAGGAAUUUGUCAAAUCGUUAGCCAAAUCUUUCAAACCAACCCAAAAAGGCCCUCGUGUGGGAACUGUCGUAUUUGACCGUACUGCCUACACGGUCAAUGCUCUUGGAGACUUCACCAGCCAUAAUGACUUUGCUCAGAAGCUAGAUAGAGCAGUGUUCCUGGGAGGGUCAAGAAGGACGGACGAGGCUCUUAGAAGAACGGGAGAUAUGUUUAAGUACAGUAAUCGAGGUGGUCCUAAGAUAGGAAUACUCGUUACUAGUGGACCAGUUUCCAAAGACGCUGAUUCAGUCCCUCUAAAUCAGGCCAUGAAAAUGAUAAGAGACUUGGGUGGAAAGAUUUAUUCCAUUGCCAUCGGGCCUGACGUCGAUGAUGGAGAACUUACGACCAUUAGUGAUCCAAGGAAUAUCAUGAGGAUGCGUGAUUUUAAGUCAUUGCAGACUAAUGUGCAAAAGGUUGGCCUUCACAUCAGUAGAACACACGGAAAGCAAAUCAAGCGAAUCGUUCGUGACUACGAUGUGGUCUUCAUGAUGGAUUCCACUUCCGAGGUCGACCCUUACAAAUAUCAGCUUCAAAAAGAGUACGUCAAAUCUCUUGCCCGAUCACUAAGCCUAGCCUCUGACUCUACCAGAGCUGGUCUUAUAAUCUACAGCAGCUACGCUACCAUCAAGUCUAGACUAGAGGGCUUUCAAUCUCUCAGAGUCUUCGAACAAGAAGUAAACCAAGCUGAAUAUCUUGGGGGUAAACGAGCAAUAGACAAAGCGCUAGACGCGGCUGCUACAGUCCUUACUUCUGGCAGACCAAAUGCAAAGAAACUUGCCAUUUUGAUAACAGCGGGAAGACAAACUGAGAGUGGAUCCAGAGCAUUAAAUGAUGCUGCCAGACCUCUGAGAUCAAUGGGUGCCAGGUUAUACAUCGUUGGUAUAGGAAAUGGGGUUGAUCCUAAUGAGCUGCGCACUGCUGUUCUGGGUCCUGAUGAUGUCAUCCAAGUGCCUUCUUUUACCGGUCUUCCAAGCAAAGCUCAAAAUACUAUCAACCGUGUUCUGGGAAUUACAGGUGCGCCAAAAGACUUUGAUGCCGAUGUACUGUUCUUCAUCGACUCUUCGAAUGGGAUCUCCCCAAGCGAGUUAACCAAUCAGAAGGAGUUUAUCAAACACACCGCAAGCUUACUAAACGUAAAGCCAGGGCAAUCAAGAGCUGCGGUCGUUAAUUAUGGAGAUAAACCAACAAUUGUGUCUGGACUUGAUAGCUAUAGUACUAUUGAAGAACUACAUAAAGCAAUAGACGGCACACAGCCAACGGGAGGAGAGAGACGAACAGACACGGCUCUUGAAAUUGCUUCGCAGAUUUUUACCCGCGCUCGUCCACAAGUACCCAAAGUUGUCGUGCUUGUAAAUGGCGGGAAACAAGGUCCCAACGCGCGAUCGCUCGACGAGGCCGCAAGGAGAUUGCGUAACCUGGGGAUCAAGACCUUUGUCGUAGCUGCUGGUCCAAAUGUUGAUUAUAAUCAACUACGUCCAGUAGUCGAGAGCCAGAGUCAUAUCACAACAGUACCCGUGUUUCUUAAAUUACACCAAAGUGCUCCAGGCCUAGCGAAACUCGUUGCUGCAAAUUCGCCAAAGCCAGAGAACUUUGACGCUGACUUGGUGCUCAUGAUCGAUUCUUCCCGCCAAAUCACACCCGAUAAACUUCAAAAGCAAAAGAACUUUGUUAAAGCUAUUGCAAGAUCAAUGAACGUGUUUCUCGGCCGAUCAAGGCUGGCGCUUGUCAACUAUGGCUCAACCUCAUUCCCAGUCGUAAACUUCGAUAGCUACAGAACUCUCGCUGAGCUAGACGCGCAAGUAGACAACGCUCGUCUUCAAGGUGGAGACAGGAGAAUAGACCAAGCCCUAGAUGGUGCAUCUGCUUUGAUUAGAAGCGCACGGCCUGACGUACCUAAAGUAAGUAUUCUCGUUACUGGUGGCAGACAUUCUUCGGUGCAGGGGGCAAGGACGUUGGAGGAAGCUGCAAAACGAAUUCGUGAUCUUGGAGCCAAGACAUACGUUGUGGGAGUCGGUGAUGGACCAGAUAAAAACCAGCUAAGACCUUUGGUUCAGCACUCACAAGAUGUGAUUGAUGUCAAUGAUUUUGAUGCACUGCAGUCCAAAGGAAGUGAAAUUGGACGUAUGAUAAUGAGCCGAUCAGGUGCUCCACCAUCUUUCUCGUCUGACGUCAUCUUUUUGGUCGAUGCGUCAUCCGGAGUCAGCCAAUCAGAUUUCAACACCCAAAAGAAUUUUGUCAAACAGCUGGCACGUCUUCUUAACGUUGCUCCAGGAAAGUCUCGAGGCGCAUUUGUGACUUACGCCGACAAUCCUAACACUGUGUUCUCGUUCAACGAUUACACAUCAAUGGAUAAUUUCGAUGAAAGAGUCGAUCGCGCGCCAUUCCUUGGAGGUACGAGACGAAUAGACAACGCACUUGACGCUGCAACUCGCCUGGUAAAACAGGCACGCUCUGAGGUGCCCAAGCUUGUUGUGCUUAUGACAACUGGACGGCAAGGGCCAGGAGCCAAAAGUCUAGCUGAAGCUGUAAAGCCGUUGAAUCGACUUGGCGCUAAGACAUUUGUUGUGGCUCUCGGCAGCGAAGCUGACCCAACAACGUUGUUACCAGCUGUUGAGAGUUCCAAAGAUCUCACGCUUGUUAAAUCAUUUGGUGAUUUAAUUUUGCGUGCUCCUCCUUUAUCAAGACACAUCGCAAGAGAAUCCGAUUCUUGCACUGCGGCAGCCGACAUUGCCUUUUUAGUCGAUUCUUCAGGAAGCAUCGGUCCAGACGAUUAUUCAAAGAUGAAAUCAUUUGUCUCGGCGAUGGCGAAGAAGUUCCGAUUAUCGCCAACAGGAUCACGUGCGGCAGUGAUACUCUACAGUGACCAAGCAGUCAAGGAAAUCGAUUUUACUUCCUUCACGAAUGCAGAGGACUUUAGAAAUGCCGUGGAAGCUCUUCCUCAACAGCGUGGAAGAACGCGCAUUGACAAAGCCUUAGGACUUGCAUACAGAGACUUUUUUGGGCCAGGAGGGACUGCGCGCCAAAACAUCCAACGCAUUGCGGUGGUUCUUACUGACGGACAACAAACUCCAGACCCAGAUGCUGUUGACCUGGAUAUUGCAGCAGAUCAACUGAGGAAAGGGAAUGUUUAUAUUUUGGCUGUUGGUAUCGGGCAUAUGGCUGAUAGGAAAGAACUAAGGUUGAUGACGGAGAGAGAUCAGGAUGUUUAUAUGGCUGAUUCGUUUGAUGAUCUCCUAAAUAGAGUUGGUGCUUUUGCACAGACAGCCUGUAGAGUCCAGCAACGCCCGACCACCUUACAAGCAGAUAUAGUCUUCUUAAUGGAUUCUUCCUCACAAGUCAGUAGCAGCACCUACAAGGGAGAAAAAGAACUCGUCAAAUACCUUGCUAAACUGCUGAACAUCUCACCUGGUAACUCAAGGGGUGCGGUGGUAACAUACGGAGCCACUGCUCAACGUGUGAACAUGUUUGACGAAUACGGAACCAUUUCAGCAUUUGAAAACGCUGUCGACCAAGCCCCUCAUGUAGGAGGCAACAGAAGGAUGGACGGAGCCUUGGAAACUGCGUCCACAGUUCUGGCAUCAGGCAGACCCAACGUGCCCAAGAUUGCUGUCUUACUCACCACAGGGAAGCAAGAACCCGCGUCUAAUGCCAAGACGUUUAAUAGGAGUUCUCAGUUACUCCGUGAUCUUGGGAUUAAGACUUUCGUUAUCACUAUUGGACAACAACCUUCUCAGAGAGAACUCUUACCUGUUGUUGACAAACCACAAGAUAUUUUAUUGGUCCGCGGAAUCGAUAAUAUUAAACCACAAGUAAAGUCAAUUUCGAAAGGAAUUGCUCAAACAGGUGCUCCACGAAGCUUCACUGCUGACGUCAUUUUCUUGGUUGACACAUCAUCGAAUGUGACGUCAUCUCAGUUCACCCGCGAAAAGGCCUUUGUCAAACAAUUAAGCAAACAGCUGAACGUACGACCAGGUCAAUCUCGAGCAGCACUCAUCCCAUACGGGAACACUGCUAAUGUUGGUCUUAGAUUCGAAGGCUAUAAAACUUUGGACGAAUAUGAAAAUGCGAUCGACAACUUACGACCCGUGGGGGGACCCCGUAGGGCAGAUCGGGCGUUAUCCGCAGCAGCUCAAAUAAUCAAAGAAGGGCGACCCAAUGUACCGAAGAUUGUGGUGCUUCUGACAGCUGGUAAACAAGAUUCUCUGGCAGAUCCUCUAUCAAGAGCGGUAAUACCUGUUGCAGACCUUGGAGUUCGGACGUAUAUCAUUAGUAUUGGUUCUGAUAAAGAUCCUGACCAGUUGAAGCCAGCUGUUCGUACACCUAAUAAUUUGUUCAAUGUUACUUCAUUCAGUCAUCUUACUGAUAGAGCCCCUGGUGUUGCAAGACAGAUCUCUUCAAGCACACCAAGUUGUACAAUCCCUGUUGACUUGACCUUCAUUGUGGAUUCAUCCGGAAGUAUUGGUCAAAGAAACUACACCAAGAUCAAAACAUUUGUAUCAACUUUAGCGAGUAAAUUCGGAGUUUCUCGUAAUGGCUCCCGCGCUGCAGUCAUUCUUUACAGCGACUAUGCAAAAGUAGAGAUCGACUUUGGUGAUCAGACAAGCAUCGAAGACUUCCAUAUCAAAGUUGCAAGCCUGCCUCAUCAGCGUGGAAGGACGCGUAUUGAUCGAGCUCUUCAGAUGGCAUAUGUAAAGCUCUAUGGUCCUGGAGGUACCGCGCGUCGUGGAGUUCAUAGAAUCGUUAUAGUGUUGACAGAUGGACAACAGACCAAAGAUCCAGAUACUGUUCCGUUAGAUAAGGCAGCAACUGCACCGAGAAGGGAAGGGGUUUAUAUUUUUGCUGUAGGAAUCGGUUCUUACGUCAGUAGGAAGGAACUGAGACUCAUGACGGAGAGAGAUGAUGAUGUUGUCAUGGCGACGUCUUUUGACGAUUUGUUGGCAAAAGUUGGAACAUUUUCAAAAACUACGUGUGAAGAGCCACAGACACCAACUGAUGCUAAUUUAGACGUGGUUUUCGCCAUCGAUUCUUCAAUCGACGUCAAAAAAACCGAAUUCGACCAACAAAAGUUCUUUGUCAAAAACAUUGCUCGUUCAUUAAACGUGGAGCCUGGUAAGUCACGUGCUGCCCUGGUUACCUAUGGCAACAACCCAAGGCGAGUAUUCCUGUUCAAUGGUUACGACUCUAAAGCUGACUUUGAGUCUAAAGUAGACGGCGCAACACCACAAGGGGGAUAUCGACGAAUCGACCGAGUUCUCGAAGACGCUACUCAAAUAUUCAACUCAUCUCGACAAGAUGCAUCUAAGGUCUUCGUUCUGCUCACCGCUGGCGGACAAUACCCUGAAGUCGGCGCCAAAUCACCUGGCUUAGCAUCACUUCCUUUGCGUGAUUUAGGAGCGAAGAUGUAUGUUAUUCAUGUCGGAAGUCAGCCCCGCCCCAAAGAGAUCUACAAAGUAGUAAACAGAGCUGAGGAUGUAAUUCCUGUUAAAACUUUUGAUACUCUGGCCUUCUUAGGCAGCUCUAUAGGGAGAGAGAUCGCCGAGGGAGCUGCAAUUCAAAAAUGUGACGUCAAGAUCGACUUAGUAUUCAUCGUCGAUUCAUCUGGUAGCAUCAGGAGAAGGGAUUAUAAAAAGAUGAAAUACUUCAUUAUUGAUUUUGCUAGUAGCUUCGUCAUGUCGCCCACUGACACCCGCUUCGGGCUGGUCUUAUACAGCAACGAUGCGAAGAAAGAAAUGGACUUUGGCGAUUUUAACGACAUAAACAGUUUUUCAAUCGCUGUAGUAGGCCUGCCACAUCAGAAGGGUAAGACCAGAAUCGAUAGAGCGCUUUUGUUGACUUAUAAGGACUUCUUUGGACCAAGAGGCACUGCGCGCCGUGAAGUCUUACAUAUUGCGGUUGUGAUGACUGAUGGCAGACAGACCAAGUCUGAAAAUGCAGUUGCACUGGACAGAGCAUCAGAGCCUCUGAAGCGAGCAGGUGUUCAUAUGAUUGCAGUUGGGAUAGGCAUGGACGCCGAACGAAACGAAUUGAGACUAAUGACAAACCAAGAUGACGAUGUUGUCAUGACGGAAUCUUUUGACACACUUCUGAAUAGAGUUAAAGGUUUUGCAGAAACUGCCUGCGAAGUCCCCAGUGCUCCCGUGGUGAACGGUGACAUCGUGUUCCUGAUCGAUUCAUCUUCUCCCGUCGACGCAAACCAAUACCUAAAGCAAAAAGAAUCAGUUAAAUCUCUUGCCAGAUAUCUAAACGUCAAACCAGGCCAUUCCAGAGCAGCUCUCAUAACCUAUGGCAGCACAUCGUCUAAAGUCAUCGAUUUUGGGGGCUACUCGACCCUUGGUGAGUUCGAUGCUCUUGUGGAUCGUGCAGGAAGAGUUGGAGGAUCCAGACGGGUUGACUACGCUUUGGACGCAGCGAAGGAGGCUCUUUAUGAAGCCCGUCCCAACGUGCCUAAGGUUGUUGUGCUCUUAACAGCAGGACGAACGUCUCCGGAAGUUACCGCUCGAGCCCUGCAAGGAUCCGCCAAAUCCCUGAGAAACAUUGGAGCCAAAACAUACGUAAUAGCAAUUGGAAGUGAACCAGAUAAAACCGAGCUUCUACCGACAGUGCAGGAUCCAAAAGAUGUCUUUAGAAUACAGACGUAUGAUUUGUUGCCUGUUGAACUGCCUACCACUGCGAGACAGAUCAGCGAUCGUACAGGAGCCCCACCAAACUUCGGAGCGGACAUCGUAUUCUUAGCAGACUCAUCAGUUGACGUAAGUCCUUCAGACUUCACGAAACAAAAGUCUUUGGUGAAGCUGAUGGCUAAUCUACUCAACAUCCACUCACUGAAAUCACGUGCAGCCUUUGUUACCUAUGGCAACACCGCUAAUGUUGUGACGUCAUUCCUUGACUAUGGAUCAAUCGCAGCGUUUGAAAGGCUGGUCGAUAAUGCACCUCCAGUCAAUGGUACAAGACGAAUGGAUGUAGCCAUCGACACAGCAACCCAACUCAUGUUACAAGCACGUUCUGGGGUCCCAAGGAUCGUUGUUCUCCUAACAGGAGGGAAAGAUGGCGUCUCCGCACAACCCCUUGAUGUGGCUGUACAGCGACUAAAAGAUUUGGGGAUUCGUUCGUAUGUUAUAGCGUUCGGUGCGAAACCUGAUCUGGAGCAUUUGCGAACAGCUGUGGAUAAAUCUGAGAAUCUGUUGUUUUACCCGGUGUCCAAAGACCUGAGGCCAAAGGGACCAGAAACGGCCAGACACGUGGCCUACACUUCUCCAAUCUGCAACGCUCCCGUGGACUUAGCUUUCAUCGUAGAUUCAUCUGGAAGCAUCAGCACACAAAACUACAUCAAAAUGAAACAAUUCAUCUCUCACAUGGCAAGUCUGUUCAACAUCUCUCCCACCGGCGCACGCGUGGCUGUGAUACUUUACAGUAACGAUGCAAGAACUGAGAUCGACUUUGGUUCCUACUCUAGUCAUAAGACCUUCCGAGAUGCUGCGUUAAGGCUUCCGCAUCAGAGAGGGCUGACAAGGAUAGACCGUGCCCUGAAGGUUGCGUACGAUGACCUGUAUGGUCCAACUGGGUCAUCGCGUCGUGGGGUACAGAAAAUAGCUGUAGUGUUAACGGAUGGUAAACAGACUCCUGCAGUUGAUGCAGUCCCUCUAAAUCAGGCAUCCGAGCCCCUCAAGCAGAGUGAGGUAGAAAUCCUAGCCAUUGGUAUAGGAAGUCAAGCGGAUAGAAGCGAAUUAAGACUGAUGACCAAACGAGAAGAGGAUGUGUAUAUAGCCAUUUCCUUUGAUGAUCUGCUCAUCAAGGUUGUACAGUUUUCACAAAGCGCAUGUAAUGUCCCAAAGAAGCCAACAGACGCUAAUGCUGACGUCAUAUUUCUCAUGGAUUCCUCGUACAUCGUCGGACCACAAAGAUAUCACACAGAAAAGGACUUCGUGCGUUCCCUCGCACGAUAUUUGAACGUAACGGUAGGAAACACCCGCGCAGCUGUAGUUACCUAUGGUAAAAACGCCACUAAGGUCCUCGGCUUCACAGAUUACAAGACAGUCGCGGAAUUUGAGAGAAGACUAUUAAACGCCCCGUCGGUGGGUGGGGUCAGGAGAAUUGACUCCGCCAUUAAGGCUGCAGAAGAUCUUUUUACAGAAACCAGACCAAAUGCCAAAAAGAUCGUAGUAUUGCUGACCGCUGGCCAACAAGCUCGCGUUAUAGACUCCAAAGCGUUAGACCUUGCGACCAAGCCUCUUCGAGACGCGGGAGCUCAGACGUUCGUGAUUUCUAUCGGAGCUGACGCGAAGGAGCAAGAGCUACGCCAGAUAGUUGUCAAUCCCAGAGAUAUCUUUAAAGUCGGAUCGUUUGAUGUUCUCUAUCCAAGAGCUUAUCCUGUUGCCAGGGAAAUAGCGAAGUCUCCAGCUCCACAGAAACCAGCUAAACCGGAGAACAUAAAUGCAGAUAUUCUGUUUCUCGUUGACUCUUCGUCUCCCGUCAGUAAAGAGGACUUUCAAAAGCAAAAGGACUUCGUCUCAUCGAUCUCUAGGUAUCUAAAUGUAGAUACAGGAAAAUCAAGAGGUUCUCUCAUCAUCUACGGAGGACAAGCCAGACAAGCGAUUAACUUUAAUGGUUACAUAACAUACGAAGACUUCGUUGAUCAAGUAAAUAAAGCGCCUUAUUUGGUUGGGCCCAGACGUAUAGACGAAGCAAUGGCACUAGCUGUUGAUUCCUUUAAGAAUUCCAGACCGAACGUCCCCAAGAUAGCAGUUCUAUUAACCACAGGACCUCAAACGCCAAUCCCGGGAUAUACGCCCUUGGAUCAGGCAGUGAAGCCCUUGCUUAACAAUGACAUAAGACCAUAUAUUGUUGCUAUUGGACGAGACAUCGACCAAUGGGAUAUGAAUACGGCUGUAGCUGGGCCUGAGGAUGUAUUUCCUGUGAACAACACGCAACAGCUUCUACCAAGAGCGAGUCCUAUUGCAAAGGAAAUAGCAGGAAGAGCAGGUGCACCACCUGGAUUUAUAACUGAUGUCAUCUUCCUGGUCGACUCGUCAUGGCAAGUUAACCGUAGAGACUUUGAAUUAGAAAAAGACUUUGUAAAGCAUAUGACUAGUCUACUAAACGUCCAGCCUGGCAAAUCCCGCGCCGCCAUGGUAACGUAUGGAGUAAAUCCUCGAACUGUAUUCAGAUAUGGUGAUCAUGUUGAUCGUUCAGGUUUGGAAUAUGCUGUCAAUAACGCUCCUUAUAUAGGAGGAGUUCGACGCAUGGAUCUCGCUUUGAGCGCCACCAGACAACUUCUCUAUGAAGCUCGUCCAGAUGUAAAGAAAACCGUCGUCCUUGUCACAGCUGGAAGAGAAGGAACUGGAGCGAGCCCGCUCGAUCCUAUUGCCCGACAGAUUCAAGAAGCUGGGGCUGAGACCUACGUUGUUGCUAUUGGCAACAGACCAAAUAUGGAAGAACUUCAACCCGUGGUUCAAAAUCAAGUUGACAUCUUUCCUGUUUCUAGUUUUGUUGGGCUACGGCCGAAAGCUCCUCAGAUCGCAAGACACAUCGCGAAGAGAGCACAGACAUGCCAGUAUCCUGUAGACAUCGCCUUCAUCCUUGAUUCAUCAGGGAGCAUCGGCAGAAAGAACUACGUCAAAAUAAAGUCAUUCGUUUCCAGCAUUGCGCGUACAUUUGAUAUCUCGCCAACUGGAUCCCACGCAGCGGUAAUUCUCUACAGUAACGACGCCGACACAGUUAUUAACUUUAACCAACAAACAAACAUCAAUGAUUUCUCUCGCGCAGUUCAAAGUCUUCCUCAUCAAAAAGGCAAAACACGAAUCGACCGCGCUCUCCAAAAAGCGUAUCAAGAUUUGUUCGGUCCCGGUGGAACAGCGCGCAGAGGAGUCCAGAAAAUUGCCCUAAUUCUAACUGAUGGCGAACAGACAAAAACACCAGAUUCGAUUGAGUUAGAUGAGGCUGCGUCGCCUCUUAAAAGAGAAGGCGUCUACAUGAUGUCGGUCGGAAUAGGAAAGUACGCAAAUAGAAAGGAACUAAGAUUGAUGACGGAGAGCGAUGACGAUGUUAUCAUGGCCAGUUCGUUUGAUGAUUUACAGGAGAAGGUGGUGUCUUUUAAGAAGAAGGCUUGUGAAGGGCCAAGAAAACCAACCAACGCCAACGCUGAUGUCAUAUUUCUGGUCGACUCAUCCUCGAGUGUUAGUCAAUCCAAUUACAAUCAAGAAAAAGACUUCGUCAAACAGAUAUCCAAGCACCUCAACGUUAAACUUGCAGGAUCAAGAGCUGCUUACGUAAGCUACGGGGACCAACCAAGAACUGUCUUUAAAUUCAACGAAUAUAGAUCUUCCGCAGAAUAUGAAGGAUUAGUUGAUGGUGCGCCUUACGUUGGGGGACAGAGAAGGAUGGACAGAGCUUUAGAUGCUGCGAGCACGCUUCUCCUGGAAACAAGACCAUCUGCACCAAAGAUCGUUGUUCUUUUAACAGCUGGGAGACAGUCGCUCGGUGUUAACACAAGGUUAAUCGACGAAGCUGCUGCUCGCCUUCGGGUUAAGGGUGCAAAGACGUAUGUGAUUGCGAUUGGUGCGGGACCGAAUAAAAAUGAAAUCGGGGGAACCGUUGAUCGACCAGAAGAUAUAAUCCCAGUCAGAUCCUUCAACAAUUUAAGGUCAAAAGCAUCGCCUAUCUCUAGAGAAUUGGCAGGCGGAACAGCCCCAGAGAUAGAUUCAUCCUGGUCUGCUGACGUCGUCUUCCUCAUUGACUUCUCAACCACCGUUAGCGAAAACGACUUCAUAAAAGAAAAGACAGCGGUCAAGACUAUGGCCAGACAUUUCAAUGUAUCUCCAGGAAAGUCCAGAGCAUCGGUGAUUACUUACGGCAAUAGCAACAUACGUGCAACUGGCUUUGACGACUACAAAAAUAUUCAAGAAUUUGAUAACAGAGUAGAGCAAGCUCCAAGAAUUGGUGGACGAAGAAGAAUUGAUCGUGCACUGGAAACCGCCGUAAGCGAGCUUCUCCGAUCAAGACCAACUUCUAGAAAAAUAGUGGUUCUUCUGACAUCCGGUCGAGAGACUCCAGAAUCGGACACAAAACCACUGACUGAGGCCUCAGAACCACUUCGAAGACUUGGCGUGCAAACGUAUGUGAUGGCGAUAGGUGGUAAUCCAAAUGGACAAGAACUCCGUCCAGUUGUUGGUCAGCCUGAGGAUAUAUUCUUCAUUGAAAACUUCGAUAGCUUGACUACAAAAUCAACACCAGUUGCGAAGAAAAUACUUAAACGAUCAGGCGAUAAGCCCGGACCAUUCAAUGGAGAUGUCAUUUUUCUAAUGGACUCGUCUACCCCUAUUAGUUCUCUUGAACACUUCCACGAGCAAAAGCUCGUCAAAAUAAUAUCCAAAUACCUCAAUGUCGCACCAAACAAGUCAAGAGCAGCCGUCCUUACAUAUGGAUGGGAUCCUGAAAUCGUCACCGAUUUCGUAGGAUAUCGAACGGUGGCAGACUUCGAAAGAUUUGUCGACAAUGCGGUUUCUAAAGGAGGACCAAGAAGAAUUGACAAGGCUUUAGACGAGGCCGUCAACAUUGCCAAGUCAACAAGGCCUGGUUAUCCAAAGAUUGCUGUUUUGUUGACAGCAGGACGUCAGAGUCCUGAUGCCAAAGACCUACAAGAAGCUGCACAACGCCUAAGGGACCUAGGCAUGAAGACUUAUGUUAUAGGAAUAGGUCAACAGCUAAAUAAAGGAGAACUACAACCUGUAGUUGACAAGCCAGACGAUAUAUUUAUGACUGAUGUUUUUAAUACCUUGCAGUCCGUAGCACGACCAACAGCACGCAACAUGGUGAGACGACUUGGCGCUCCGCUCAGUUUUUCAGCAGACAUCAUAUUUGUUGUUGAUGCGUCCAAGGACGUCUCCAUACCCGACUUUAAAAGAGAGAAGCAACUUGUUAAUUAUCUUGCAAGACUGUUGAACAUCAAGCCCCAAGGCUCAAGGGGCGCCUUGAUAACGUUCGCAGAUUCUCCCAAAACAAAUAUAAUUUUUGACAGCUAUAAAGAUUUACCCGACUUCCAGACACAAGUAGGCACCUCUCCAUACAUCGGAGAUGCAAGGAAAAUAGAUAGAGCUGUCAGAUCUGCUGCUGAGUUGAUGAAGCGAGCGAGACCCGACGCCUCGAAGAUUGUAGUUCUACUAACUAACGGAAGACAGGCUCCAGGAGCGGAAGGAAUGAGGGAAGCUACGAGACCUCUCCGAGAACGUGGGGCGAAGACAUUUGUUGUUGCCGUUGGCUCUCAACCAAACUUACGAGAUUUAUCUGGAGCAGUUGACAAACCUGAUGAUCUAAUGAAGUUUGCUGACUUUGACGCGGUUCUUCCAAAGGGGCCAGAUAUUUCACGACAUAUUUCAUCAAGCAUUCCAUCGUGCAGUGCAGUAGUCGACAUUGCUUUCCUCGUAGAUUCUUCUGGGAGCAUUGGCCGGAAAGAUUAUGUAAAAGUAAAAACAUUCGUCGCUGAAUUCGCCAAGAAUUUCCAAAUUUCUGUGUCAGGAUCUCGUGCUGCUGUUAUUCUUUACAGUAACGACGCAAAGACAGAAAUCUCCUUCGGUGACCACUCGAGCUGGGACGCCUUCAACAAUGCAGUUCUCGCCUUAGAACACCAAAAAGGCCUCACAAGAAUAGACCGUGCCUUACAGCUUGCAAACAGGGAUUUGUUUGGUCCUGGUGGGUCAGCGCGUAGAGGAGUGCAGAAGAUAGCUGUUGUACUAACAGAUGGAAAACAAACUGUUAGUUCUGACGCUCAACCGCUUGAUCUUGCAUCGGAGCCCCUGAAGAAGGAGGGUGUAUACAUUGUUGCGAUAGGUAUCGGUAAAAACGUUGAUAGAAAAGAACUCAGGUUAAUGACGGAGAAUGACGCAGAUGUCCUUGUGGCUGAUUCGUUUGAUGACUUGAGAAACAGAGUUGAUAAAUUGGGAAAAAGUGCUUGUGAAGAACCAAGGAAGCCAACCAACGCUAAUUUAGACGUUUUGUUCUUGGUUGACUCGUCAUCUGACGUCAGUAGAGAAAACUUCCAACUAGAAAAGCAAUUCGUGACAAACAUUGCCAGAAGCCUCAACAUCGUCCCUGGCCAAUCACGUGGAGCCUUAAUAACUUACGGUCAAAACCCAAGAAUCUCGUUCCGAUUUGAUAGCAAUCGAAAUACUGCAGAGUUUGAUAGACUGGUUAGCUUAACACCCUACGUGGGUGGAGCUAGACGCGUUGAUCGUGCACUCGGCGACGCAGCUGAUGUAAUUAGGGAAUGUAGACCAAAUGUUCCGAAGGUGGUUAUUCUUCUCACAGCUGGAAGACAUGCUUCUGAUCCUGGCGCAAAGUCCUUGGACGAAGCCACUAAACCCCUUCGUGACCUGGGCGCAAAAACAUAUGUGAUAGCUAUCGGUGAUUCUGUUAAUAAGCCUCAGCUGAGACCGAUCAUUGAAAGACCUGAAGAUAUUAUACCAGUGGAUGGUUUCAAUAGACUUCGUCCUCUUAGUCCAUCUAUAGGCAGAGAAGUCGCAAAAGGCGCAACUACAAAGAAGGCUGAACCCCCAGAUAGAAUAGUUGCAGAUGUUGUAUUCUUAAUGGACUCGUCUUCCUCUACCGGAAACAACAAUUUUAGAAUAGAGAAAGAAUACGUGAAGUCUCUAGCUAAAGUACUGAACAUCAGGCCUGGAAAUUCCAGGGCAGCUAUAAUGACCUAUGGUGAUACUCCAAGACUUGUGACUAAAUUUGAUGGAUAUAACACAGUAAAGGACCUUGAAAAUCUGAUAGAUGGCGCUCGGUUUGUUAGUGGUCCAAGAAGAAUAGACCGAGCAUUGGAAUAUGCAUCGUCUGUUCUUAGUGAAGGAAGAAAAAAUGUCCCUAGAAUAACUGUACUUCUAACAAGUGGUCGACAACCCUCCCUUCCCAAUGGGAAGACGCUGGAAGCAGCUUCUCAGCCUUUAAGAGACAUUGGUUCUAAUACCUACAUCAUUGCUAUUGGAGGAGAUCAUGAUAGGACAGAAUUGAGACGCUUAGCACAGAAACCUGCUGAUGUGUUCUUUGUUGAUUCGUUUGAUCAACUUCAAACAAAUAUUAGACCAACUGCUCGACAUAUUGCUAGAAAUUCAGUAAUUCGUGAGUUGAACCCCUACGAAACAGACGUUGUCUUCAUCGUGGAUUCGUCCAGCCGUGUUCCACAGAGAAGUUUCACAGCAGAAAAGAAAUUCGUAAAGUCUGUCUCUCGUCUACUUAACGUCUACCCUGAAAAAUCUAGAGCAGCUAUAGUAACUUAUGGCAACACAGCUUCAAGAACCGUAGACUUUGGUUCCCCUUCAAGAACAAGGGCCGAUUUUGAGCGUGAAGUUGAUGCAGUUUCUUUAAUUGGCGGUGAAAGACGUAUUGAUAAAGGGUUAGAAAAGGCAGCUGAAGUUCUUUCAGAAGCACGACCAAACGUUACUAAGGUUGCCUUGCUGAUAACUUAUGGUCGGCAAUUGUCUUUGGCAGACAGAAGUGAACUUGAAAGAGUUAGGAAGCGUAUCCGUGAUGUUGGUGCGAAAGUUUUUGUUGUGUCGAUCGGAAACGAACUGAGUACGCAAGAUUUGCUUUCGUAUGUAGAUAGAAAAGAAGAUAUCAUUAGAAUGGAUAGAUUUGAAGUCUUGGAACCUGGUUCCCUUCCAAUAUCCAGACAAAUCAUGGGAAAUUCUGGAAUUGCCCCAAGUUUUGAAGCCGAUGUGAUUUUCCUAGUUGAUUCCUCUUCAAGAGUUUCACAGUCGAAUUUUGUCCGACAGAAGGAGUUUGUCAAACAUCUAGGACGACAACUGAAUAUCAUGCAAGGAAGAUCACGUGGAGCUCUUGUCAGUUACGGUAGCACCGCACCAAUAUCGUUCUCCUUUGAUAACUACACGACGGCAGAACAGUUCGAGAGGAAUGUCGACAGAGCACCAUACAUGGGUGGCAAUAGGAGAACAGAUAAAGCCUUGGAAGCUGCGCGGAACCUGAUAGCAAGUGCAAGACCACACUUCCCGACACUCGUUGUGCUUCUUACCGCCGGACGACAAGCUCCUGAAGCUGUCUCUCUCGUAUCCGCCGCUCAACCUCUUCGCAGGCCUGGUGUUGAUAUUUACGUCGUGUCUAUUGGAUCUGAAACAGAUGAUUCUGAACUCAGACAAGUUGUGAGAAGGCCCCAAGACUUGAUCAAGAUUGAGGAGUUCACUGACUUAAGACCAAAAGUUCAAGACGUGGCGAAGACACUUGCCUCAACUCCUGUGUCCUGCACCGCUCCAGUAGACAUCGCCUUCAUUGUUGAUUCUUCGACAAGCAUCUCAAGGCAGGACUACAGUUUGAUGAAAGACUUCAUCGCGCGGUUUGCAGCUAAAUUCAACGUCUCUUCCACCAAUUCUAGAGCGGCUGUAAUCCUUUACAGCAGCAAUGCUAUAACAGAGAUCAACUUCUAUGAUCACAGUAGCUUCCAGAGUUUCAAGGCCGCCGUAGAAAGAUUACCACAACAGCGUGGAGCCACAAGAAUGGAUGUCGCGCUUAAUAAGGCGUACAGUGACUUGUUUGGUCCCGGAGGAUCAGCUCGACGAGGUAUCCAGAGGAUAGCAUUGCUUGUAACAGAUGGAAGGCAAACUAGUGCUAGUGAUGCUGUCUCACUUGAUAAGGCAUCACAACCUCUAAAGGAAGCAGGAGUACACAUAAUUGCAGUCGGGGUUGGUGGGGAUGUUGAUAAAGGAGAGCUAAGAGCAAUUGUGAAGAAGGAUGAAGACACUGUCUUGGCAACCUCAUUUAAUGAACUCUUGAACAUGGUUGGAUCUCUUGUGCAGCAUGCUUGCGAAGGAUCAAAAGAACCGCUAGACACAGAAGUUGAUGUGUUAUUCGUGGUAGAUUCGUCUUCCACAGUACCCAGAGAUGACUACAAAAAAGAACAAGAAUUCGUCACGACGAUGGCUCGUUCACUCAAUAUUCCCAACGGAAAGGCACGUGUGGGAUACAUCACAUACGGUAGCACAGCAAUGGUGCCAUUCACUCUCGGCAGUUAUACGGACCUAAGCGACUUCGAUGAUAAAGUAUACAAGGCUAUCUAUGUAGGAGGAAGCAGACGUAUCGAUAGAGCGCUAAUCAUGGCAGGAAGAGAGCUGCAGCGAGAAGGAAGACAAGGUGUCCCAAAGCUUGUUGUUUUGUUAACGGCAGGUCGUCAGUCGCCAGCUUUAGAUGCAGUGUCUUUGGAGCAAGCUUCUAAGCCUCUCCGUGAUAUGGGUGCUAAGACCUAUGUUAUAGCUCUUGGAAACCAGCCAAGUACUCAAGAAUUGACACCAGUAGUGGACAGACCUGAAGAUAUACUUUCUGUCCAAUCGUACGAUAAUCUGCGACCUCGUGCGCAUCCGAUUGCUUCUGACAUAACAAAAAGGAUAAGUAAAAAGGCUCCAAAGCCAGUCGCAUCUGACAUCCUAUUUAUUAUGGAUUCUUCCUUCCUCGUGAGCUUUGAAGACUACACACUCGAGAAGACCUUCGUUAAUAACAUUGCAAAGGCUUUAAAUAUUGCUCCUGGAAAAUCUAGAGGAGCGGUGAUAACCUACGGCAAUAGACCCAUCCUUGUGGCAAGAUUUGGUGAUUACAAUACACAUGAACAGCUUAAGAGUGUGGUUGACAGAGCUCCGUUUCCAGGGGGAGUCCGAAGAAUCGAUCGAGCAUUGGAAGCUGGUUCUACUGUCCUUCAGCAAUCAAGACCUGAUGUCCCUAAAGUAGUUGUACUUCUAACAUCCGGGCGGCAGUAUCCGGCCUCUGGAGCAAAAUCUCUAGACGAAGCUGCCAAACCACUGCAGGACCAGGGCGCAAAGAUGUAUGUCAUUGCUAUUGGUAAAGAAACAGACAGUACGGAACUAAGGGCCAUCGUUGACUCGCCAGACAAAGUAGUAGAUAUUGAUAGCUUUAGAGGACUUAACCCACAAGUUCCUUCCAUCGCCAAAAAGAUCAUUGAAGGAUUGACCGAUCCUGUGAUUAAAGUUGAUCCUCUUGAUGCAGACGUUGUCUUCUUGGUGGAUUCAUCUUCUUUGGUUAGUCAGCAGGAUUUCACAAAAGAAAAAGACUUUGUCAAGCAAGUAGCAAGGUAUCUCAGUAUCACUCCAGGAAAAUCACGUGGAUAUGUUAUCACUUAUGGAGACAGGACCGAGGACGUAGUCCGAUUUGACAGCUACAGGAGCACGCCAGAGUUCGAGAGAGCAGUAGACGCGGCGCGAUUUAUAGGAGGAUCAAGGAGAGUUGACCGUGUAUUGGAUUCUGCGAAGAAUGCACUUUCAAAUGCUAGGCUAGACGCUCCAAAGAUUGUUGUUCUACUGAUAGCAGGGCGACAAACUCCUGCAGCAGAUGCUAAAAACCUGGAUGAAGCAGUUAAACCGUUGCGAGACCUUGGUGCAAGAACAUACGUUGUUGCUAUCGGACGAGCUCCAAGCAAACAAGAACUGCAACCCAUUGUUGAGAGGCCAGGAGAUAUUAUUGAGGUGGUCAGAUUUGAAGGACUUAAGUCAACAGCAUAUCCAACAGCUAAAAGUAUCGUAGAUCGAUCAAGUGUUCCGCCUUAUUUUGAUGCAGACGUAGUCUUUUUGACGGAUUCGUCAAGUGACGUCCAAAACAGUGACUUCAAAACCCAAAAGGAGGUUACAAAGACUUUAGCAAAACAUUUCAACGUUCAGCCUGGUAAAUCUCGAGCAGCUCUUUUCACUUACGGGAGCACCCCAUCUCUACAAUUUCAAUUUGAUGGUUACAAAACCAUCUCUGAGUUUGAAACCAGAGUCGAUAGAGCCGUUCCCGUAGGUGGUAAUCGACGUAUAGACAAGGCAUUGGAAGCCACACAAAAGCUAUUCAAAGUGUCUCGGCCAAAGGUUCCUAAAAUCAUAGUGGUUUUCGUAUCAGGAAGACAAGCUUUUGGUUCAGAUGACCUCAAUGAAAGGAUUGCCCCUUUACGCAAAGCCGGUGUUAAAACAUACGUUAUCGCUGUCGGUAGCGCACCAGAUACGAAUGAACUAAGACCAUUAGUUAGCACACCUGAAGAUAUGUUUAUCAUUCCUAGUUAUGACGGUCUGGCUCCUAAAGGGCCAGCGGUAGCCAAACAUAUUGGAAAAAAAUCGGAAACUUGCUCGCACGUGGCCGACGUUGCAUUUAUCGUGGAUUCGUCAACUAGUAGCAGAAGGAACUACGAAAAAGUCAAGCUGUUCAUCUCAAGAUUAGCAAGCACAUUUGAAAUCUCGCCCACUAAAUCCCGUGCUGCAGUCGUCCUCUACAGCUCUGACGCACGGACAGAAAUCAACUUCAACGACUACACGAGUAUCAAUGAUUUCUCAAAGGCUGUUCAGAGUCUUGGAUAUCAGAGGGGGCAAACAAGAAUCGACAAGGCUUUACAACGUGCCCAUGAUGAUUUGUUUGGCUCUCGAGGUACCUCGCGUCGAGAUGUCCAGCGAGUAGCAAUUGUCAUAACCGAUGGACGACAAGCACAAGUUCCUGAUGCUAUUCCCCUUGACAAGGCUGCCAAACCGUUAAGAGAAGAAGGGGUGUAUGUUAUUGCUAUUGGGAUUGGUUCAGGAGCCGACAGAAACGAGUUGACGCUGUUGGCUGAAGAUGAUGAUGCUGUUUUUAUGACCGAUUCCUUUGAUGGAAUGUUAGGAAAUAUGUCAUCUGUGUCAUUUACGGCUUGUCAAGGUCCUAGAAAACCAACAAGUGCAAACCUAGACGUGGUGUUCGUGGUCGAUUCUUCCAAUCCCGUUACUAACGAAGAUUAUAUCAAAGAGAAAGAAUUUGUGAAAUCGAUGGUGAACACACUCAACUUAUCACCUGGUAAGACCAGGGCAACGUUCAUUACCUACGGUGAAAACCCGCGGGUUAUCGUGAAGUUUGAUGGCUAUCGUGAUGAAUCAGGUUUCAACAGCUUUGUCGAUAGAGCUCCCCGUCAGUCCGGUAGAAGGCGAAUCGACCGCGCUUUGGACUCCGUUGCAAACGUCUUACGAGAAUCUCGUCCAGGUGUUUCAAAAGCUGUGGUUCUUUUAACCGCGGGAAGACAGACUCCUGCUCGCGACGCAAAAGCAUUAGACGACGCUGCCAAACCUCUUCGCGAUCUUGGCGCUAAGACAUAUGUCAUCGCCAUUGGACGUGAACCUAGCAGAGUAGAGCUGUUACCAGUCGUGGACAAACCCGAAGAUAUUUUUUCGGGAGUCACAUUUGAUGGGCUGGCGUCACGUGUCACACCAAUCGCAAGAAUUGUUUCACAUGGAAAAGCUUCACCAACACCUGAAAAACUAACCGCCGAUAUCCUAUUCCUUAUCGAUUCCUCCGCGUCAGUGUCAAAUCUGGACUAUCAAAAAGAAAAAGACUUCGUCAAAUCAAUGGCAAAGUUUCUCAAUGUAUCUCCCGGCAAGUCCAGAGCAGCAGUGGUCACCUAUGGAGAAAGACCCCAACUUGUGUCAAGUUUUACAUCCUAUCGUUCUUUGCCCGAAUUUGAGAGAUUGGUGGAUAGGUCUCCCCAGAUGCGAGGGGAACGAAGAAUCGAUAAAGUACUUGAAGCAGCCCAAACAAUCCUUAAUAGUGCAAGAAAAACAGUUCCGAAAAUAACAGUUCUUUUAACGGCAGGAAGACAGUAUCCGGCCGUCGAUGCUAAAUCAUUAAAAGAGGCAUCUCAACCGUUACGAGAUCUUGGUUCAAAGACUUUUGUCAUCGCUAUAGGCAGACAACCAGACCAACAGGAGCUGCUCCCAGUCGUCGAUCAGCCACCUGAUAUAUUCUCAGUAAUUUCUUUUGAUGCUUUAAGAACACAAGAUAGAUUAAUCGCCAAGGAAAUUGCGAAAAGACCAGAGCCCAAGGUUGCGCCUGAUUACAUCACAGAUGUCCUCUUCCUUAUUGACUCAUCCUUCGAAGUUAACAACCAACAAUACACAGUAGAAAAGGAUUUCGUGAAAUCCAUACUAGACUCCUUGAACGUUGCUCCACAGAAAUCUAGAUCUGCUGUAAUAACCUAUGGCGACCGUGCAUCUCUAGUCGCAAAGUAUGAUUCUUACAGAACCACUCAAGGACUGAAACGUAUGAUUGAUGGCGCUCAGGCUGUUGGUGGUGCAAGACGAAUUGAUAGAGCUUUGGAUGCAGCCUCUGCAAUGAUUUCAGAGUCAAGAAAAGAUGUUCCAAAAAUUGUUGUCCUAUUAACGGCAGGACGACAUACCCCUGCUCUUAAUUCAAAGCAAUUGAGUGUUGCUGCUGGGCCGUUGAGAGAUAAGGGAGCAAGAACCUUUGUCGUAGCCAUUGGCAGAGGUCCAGAUAAGAAUGAACUUCGUCCGAUUGUGCAAGAAGAAAAAGAUAUCUUAACGUUUCCUUCGUACGAGGUUUUAAAGCCACAAGCUCCAUAUGUUGCAAAAAAACUAUCAAGUACUACCGUGGUUGAAACAAAACCUAAACCAGUCGACCCCAAUUUCAAAGCAGAUGUUGUAUUCCUGGUUGAUUCGUCCUUCUAUGUCAGCCAGCCAAACUUCCAAAUCGAAAAGGAUUUCGUCAAGUCAUUUGGUAAGGCAUUGAACGUGGAACCAAGCAAGUCAAGAGCAUCUGUUAUCACCUACAGUUCCAAUGCACAAAGGGUCUUUGGUUUCAACGAUUACACUAGCACAUCACAAUUUGAGAGCCUAGUGGACAGUACACCUUAUCUAGGUCGAUACAGGCGAAUGGACAUAGCCAUUGAAGAAGCUGACAGAGUCUUGCAACUCGCAAAAAAUGAUGCUCCCAAGAUAGUCGUAUUGUUGACAGCUGGACAAGAUGUUCCUGCAGGAAGAUCCUUGGAAGAAGCCGUCAAACCUCUUCAAGGGCGUGGUGCUAAGAUCUUCAUUGUUGCUAUUGGCGACCAACCUGAUGUUGCAUCUCUUAACCGUGCAGUAGAGAAACCAGAGGAUGUUUUCAGGAUACUAACAUACAGUCAACUUCCUACGCGAGUAAAUGAUACAGCCACCAAAGUCGUAAAACGAGCUGGAUCAGCAGUACCGGACAGUUUCUCCACCGAUAUAGUAUUUUUGAUAGAUUCUUCAUUUACUGUCACUGUGGAUGAUUAUCUGAAGGAAAAGGAAUUCGUCAAAAGGCUGGGAGACAUACUAAAUGUAGCUCCUGGGAAGUCUAGGGCGUCAUUGAUAUCCUACGGCACAAACCCCGUGCGUGUUUUCAGCCUUGGACAGUACCAAACAACUAAAGAUUUCAAGGACAGAGUAGAUAGAGCACCUACUUUAGGAGGUUUAAGACGAAUUGACAGAGCCUUUGCAGAAUCAGCGAAUGAACUAAAAAGGUCCCCAGACGGUGGGUCUAAAGUGGUCGUAUUACUUACUGCUGGAAGACAAACACCAGGGGCCCAGGAGCUUGGAAGUGCUUCGAAACCUCUACGAGACCUCGGUGCAGCUGUUUAUGCUGUUGCAAUUGGCAGCCAGCCAGACAAUCAAGAGCUUCUUCCCGCCGUUCAAAAACUUGAAAACAUCUUCCGAGUCCCUUCAUCUUCUGAACUGCCAAAUAUCUUGUGGGCAAUAUCAAAGAAUAUAUCCGAAACGCCAAGACCUACGCCAACAGAUUUCAAUGCAGACAUACUUUUCAUCAUGGACGCUUCAGUCGACCCCAGAGACUACAGCAAGGAGAAGAACUUCGUAAAAGAGCUGGCAAGGCAAAUGAACAUUGUACCUGGCAAAUCUAGGGCCUCUGUUUUAGCAUACGGCACAAGUCCUUAUCUUAUUUCUAAGUUAGGAGGCUACACAUCUAUAGCUGACUUUGAGAGACUAGUAGAUUCUGCUUUAACUUUGAGUGGUCCUCGACGCAUCGAUUCUGCAUUACAAGUUGCACGUCUAGUAUUUAACGAAGCGAGACCUAACAUUCCAAAGAUAGCUGUGUUAGUCACGGCAGGAAGGCAGGAUCCAAAUGGACCAAGACUCGAUGCUGGUGCUGAGCGUCUUAGAAGAAGUGGGGUGAAAACAUUUGUAGUCGCCAUUGGAAGCACACCCGACUCUCGCGAACUUCAACCAGUCGUCGAAAAGCAAGAGGAUAUGUUUAGAAUUUCUUCUUUUGACCAGUUAUCACCCGAGACUCGUUCUGUGGCUGAGAAAAUCAUCAACCGCAAAACUGCUACAGUUCCAUCCGACUUCUCCGCAGAUGUUGUUUUCUUAGUCGACGGUUCUCUGUCUGUCAGCCAAAACCAGUUUGACCAAGAAAAAAGCUUUGUUAAGUCCAUGGCAAAGACUCUCAACCUCUCUCCAUCUCAGACAAGAGCUGCGUUUGUAACUUACAGUACACUUCCUAGAACCAUCGCACAACUUCGUGGAUACACAACCCAGCAAUUUAACCAAAUCGUUGACAGAGCUCCUGUACUUAGAGGCACGAGACGGGUCGACCUUGCCAUUGAUGAAUCAGCUAGAAUUCUAAAAACCAAUGGACAGAAACAAAAGAAAAUAGUGGUUUUGCUUACCGCAGGCCGUCAAACCCCAGGAAGCAAGUCUUUGAGAACAGCAGCACAGCCACUUCGAGACAUCGGAGCUGAUUUGUACGUCAUGGCUAUUGGAUCGCUAGUGAACAUCGAGGAAUUACUGCCAGUUGUUGACAAACCAGAAGAUAUCUUCCGAAUUCCUUCUCAUGAAGUGUUGUCGGAGCAAUUCAAGCCGAUAUCGGCAGAGAUCGCAAAAAGAGCCGGAACCAGAUCGUUGGUACCAGAAGACUUCUCAGCUGAAAUAGUAUUCCUAGUCGAUGCUUCAGUUACAGUUACUGCAUCAAACUUUGAACUCGAGAAGGAAUUCGUUAAAACGGCAUCAAAAAGUCUGCAGGUCUCUCCAGACAAGACCCGCGCAGCUGUCAUAGCAUACAGCAACAACAUAGAAAAUGUUGUUGAACUCGGAAAAUACCAGACUUUGGCUGAUUUUGAGUUCAAAGUAGACAGUGCAAGACUUCUUGGAGGUGUAAGACGAAUGGACAAAGCAUUGGAAAGCGCUGCAGAUACUCUUAAGAAUUCUCGUCCAGGCGUUCCGAGACUGGUUGUAUUAUUGACCGCUGGACAGCAAAUUCCAGGCGCAAGUUCACUAGAUAGAGCAGUCCAGCCAUUGAGGACGCUGGGUGCCCAGACUUUCGUUGUAGCCAUUGGCAAUCAGCCAGAUACUCGAGAACUAGAAAAGGCCGUAGAAAGGCCUGAAGAUCUGUUCAGAGUGGCAGGGUACGAGAAACUCCCUGGUGACGCCAACCGCAUCGUUAUUAUUCUUUCUAGAAGAGCAAGCGUGCCACAACCAAAAGACUUUACUGCAGACAUUGUAUUUAUGAUAGACGCUUCUUCGUCCGUCAAUCAAAAUGAUUACAGAACAGAAAAAGACUUUGUCAAAGCUCUCGCAAAACUGUUAAAUGUUGCUCCGGGGAAAUCCAGAGCAUCGCUUGUAACCUAUAGCAAUGAUCCAAGUGUGGUUUUCAAGCUCAACGGAUACAGAAAUACAUUGGACUUUGAACAACAAAUAGACAGGACACCCUUGCUAGGAGGAUCAAGAAGGAUGGACAAAGCUUUAGAAACCGCGGGAACAAUUUUGAACGAUGCCCGAAGAAAUGCACCCAAGAUUGCAGUUUUGCUAACAACUGGCAGACAAACCGCCGAGAGAGAUACGAAAUCACUUGACGAAGCAAUAAAGCCAUUAGAUUCUGUUGGAGCCAAAACGUACGUUAUCGCUAUUGGCAAGAAGCCAGACAUCCGGGAACUUAGUCUGGCGGUUAAGAAGAUAGAAAAUGUAAUACAGGUGUAUUCAUUCCGAGAUCUUCUUGCCAAAAUACAACCUGCAGCGCAAAAAAUGAUCAAAGAAACUCAAUCUGCGAUUCCAGAACCACUUGAUGCAGACAUUGUCUUCUUGGUGGAUUCGUCUUCCUUCGUUAGUUUUAGCAAUUUUGAAAGAGAAAAAUCCUUUGUCAAAUCCUUGGCGCACUUCCUUAAUGUGAACCCUGGAAAGUCAAGAGCAUCUGUAGUUUCUUUUAGCGCGAGUCCACAGCUUAUCUUUAAAUUCUACGAUUAUAGAUCUCAAAGAGAAUUUAACACUUCGGUAGAUGGAGUGCCGUACCUAUCAGGAAGGUCAAGGAGAAUCGACAAAGCUCUAGACGAAGCUGUUAAUAUCUUCAAAGAAGCUCGACCUGACGUAGCAAAGAUCCUAGUUCUUCUAACAUCUGGUGCCCAAACCCCUGAGCAAGGAGCUAAAGACCUACAAACUGCCUUUGAGCCAUUGCGCAAGCAGGGCGUCAAGAAUAUGAUCAUUGCUGUUGGUAGUAAUAUCGAUGGGAAAGAGUUUGAGAAAAUUUUGGAUCAACCAAAAGAUCUGUUGAGAGUGAAUUCGUUUGUGUCUUUGCUAACUCAAGGGAAAGAUAUCAGUGAUAAAAUUACUAUGAGUUUGAUGGAACCAGUGGAUCUAAUAUCAGAUAUUGUGUUUGUCGUGGACUCGUCAUCUACAGUAGACCGACCAAACUACAAAAAAGAAAGAGACUUUGUCAAGUCUUUAGCAAGAGCAUUAAACGUCGCAAAUGGAAAAUCCCGAGCAAGUGUCAUAACCUACGGUAGAAACACACGAGUGGAAACAAAAUUCGACGACUACAGAACCACCUCUGAACUUGAACAAAUUGUUGAAGACGCCCUGUACAUGGGCGGGGCAAGAAGAAUGGACCGCGCCUUGGAAUCAACAGCUCAAGUGCUAUGGCUUGCCAGAUCCCAGGCAAAAAAGAUUGUAGUCUUUUUUACUGCUGGUAGACAAGGGCUUGGUGCUAAGUCGUUAGAAUCUACAGUCAGGCCUGUGUAUGAACGCGGUGCCAAGGUCUUCGUAGUUGCGUUUGGAGAAGAACCCGACAUCAAAAAACUGACCACUCUUGUGGAACAACCAGAAGAUGUUUUCAGAGUUCCGUCGUUUGAUGGUUUGAAAAAACGAGUUGUGCCUACGAGUAGGGUCAUUGCGGCGCGAUCAGGUUUAACCAAAGUCUUACCCAAAAAGUCAAUGGCGGACAUUGUCUUCCUGGCUGACUCAUCUUCAGACGUGCCAAGAUGGCGUUUCGAUGAGCAAAAAGAGUUUGUUAAAAAACUUUCUAAAACCUUCAAUAUUGCUCCGGAUGGCUCGCGCGCAUCGUUCAUUUCCUAUGGCAGUGCGCAAAUUCUUGUCGGAGGAUUCCAUAACGCGCCAUCAGGGUUUGACUCUGCUGUGACAUCCACAUCGUACGUUGGUGGCAACAGAAGACUUGACCUAGCCGUCAAUGCAGCAUUAAAGCUUUUCAGAGAAUCCCGUCCUGGCGUCUCCAAAGUUCUGGUUCUCAUCACAGCAGGAAGAAACAGCCCAGGGUCUGCACCUUUGAACUCUUUCACUCGAAAGCUCCGAGAACUUGGCGUAAAUACUUACGUGAUUACCAUAGGAACGCUUCCUGACGCUGACAGCUUGCUGCCAAUCGUAGACAAGAGAAGUGAUAUCAUUCCUGUAACAUCCUAUGAUAGGUUACCUUCUCGAUUCAGUGAUAUACAGUUGAUCAUUCUUCAGAGUUUCAAGCCUGUUAAACCAUUGGAUCUCUCAGCAGACGUCAUUUUUAUGAUUGACACGUCCAGCGAUGUCAGUCCAGAAACCAUCAAACUGGAGAAAGAUUUCGUAAAGACGCUGUCAAAGCAGUUCAACAUUGCUCCAGGAAAAACAAGAGUUGCUUUGAUAGUGUAUGGGGGCAGAGGAGAAGCGUUUGUUAAGCUCGACAGCGGCAGUUCUCCUUCAGACUUUGCAUCCCUCGUGGAUCGCGCUCCAACUAUCGGAGGUCGAAGACGCAUGGAUAAAGCGUUGGAUACUGCAUCCCUUAUCCUAACAGGCUCACGUCCGAGAGUUCCUAAAAUCACCUUCCUAUUGACAGCAGGACCACAGGCACCGGGAACGCCUGACAAAUAUUUGAGCACGGCAGCGAGGCUAUUACGAGACAUGGAUACAAGGACGUAUGUAAUAUCUAUUGGUAAUCAAGUAAUAGAGCGAGAGAUCAACAGCAUUCCAGAGAAACCGAGGGAUAUCAUAAGGGUUUUGUCAGGCACUGACCUUCCAUCGAGUGUAGUUUCUGUGUUUAAUGUCAUUGUCCAGGAUUAUGGAAAACUAGGUCCAGUAGGUCACAUGUACGAUGUUGUUUUUGUCAUCGACUCUUCCUCUACCGUUGUACCACAAGACUUUGAAAGACAAAAACAGUUCGUCAAAUCAUUCGCCCGUCAGUUCGGCAUAUCACGUGACAGAUCACGUGGGGCUCUAGUAACAUACGGCGCAUAUGCAAACCUCGACGUUCGGUUUGACGGCUACGAAAAUCUAGACGACUUCGACGCAGCCGUUGACGGAGCCACGCGUGUUGGAGGAGAACGAAUGAUGGGCCGAGCAUUAGAUAUGGCAUCGAGAGUCCUUCACGAAGCACGACCAAAAGCCUAUAAAGUAGCCAUUCUUUUCACGGCAGGAAGACAGAGUCAGAACGCAGGUUCUUGGUUUAUGGAAUGGGCUUCUCGUUCGUUGAAAAAUAUUGGCGCAAAGACGUAUGUCGUUGCUAUUGGCAACCAACCAGACUCCAGAGAGCUUAGACCGCUUGUUGAUCGAGACAGUGACAUCUUGUCAGUUAUUUCAUUAGCUAACAUCGGUGACCUCACGGGCAGAACGAUUACCACGGUAACAGAUGGAACAGGUCCAUUGAAGCCCUCAAACGUCACCUCAGAUAUCGUGUUCCUCACCGACUCAUCAUCAGCAGUCACCACCCAAGACUACACCGUACAAAAGGAAUUCGUCAAGAACCUCGCACGAACCAUGUCAGUCACCCCCGGCAAAUCACGUGGAGCACUCAUCACUUAUGGUUCGUUCCCUCGAACUGUGUUUGGGUUUGAUGGAUAUAAAACCACGCAAGACUUUAACAGGAAUGUAGAUAAUGCGCCUUACAUUGGAGGAUCCCAGCAGAUCGAUACUGCUCUAAAUGCCGCUAAAACUCUUCUUGAUAGAGGGAACUCUCAAGCCGUCAAGGUAAUCGUACUUCUGACGUCAGAUACCCAAAUGACGGAUGAUACAAGAAGACGUCUGAAUGAAGUAACGAAAACUCUACGGUCAUCUGGUGUGUUGACGUAUGUUAUUGCGAUUGGUAGCCGGUCAAAUGUCAAGGACUUGAGCACAAUCGUGGACAGACCCGAUGACGUAAUGACAGUCAAACAAUUCAUCGAUCUACGACCAUACGUGGACAGUGCCGUUCGACAGAUCAUGAAUGGUGUGACUUCACGACUUGACUUCAAAGCUGACAUUGUUUUCAUGACGGAUGGUUCCAGUGAAGUGAGUAGCGCAAUUUUUGCGCGAGAAAAAGAACUCGUGAAGACCUUGGCGCGCUACUUCAACGUCAAACCAGGAGCUUCCCGUGCAGCGGUCUUGGUGUAUGGUUCUUCGUCUACCGAAGUCCUCCGAUUUGGAGCAGAUCAGUCCUUAUCUACCUUUGAUUUUGCUGUUGACCGAGCGCGAUUAGUCGGUGGGUCACGUCGAAUCGAUCGAGUUCUUGAAUCCGCUGCUCGGCUUUUCUUCGCCGCUCGUAAGGGCGUUCCCAAGAUUGCCGUACUUCUAACAACUGGAGGGCAAGCGGAGGAACUUGGGGCCAAACCAUUGGAGGUCGCUAGGCAACCGUUGACAGAUCUUGAUGCACGGCUUUAUGUCAUCGGGAUUGGUCAAAGGGCUGAUGUUCUUCAGAUGAAUAAGAUUGCUUUGUCGCCAAAUGAUGUGUUUGUACUGCGAUUACCAAGUGAUCUGCUGUCAAAGGUGUCGACCAUAACCCAGCACACAAAGAAGACAGCCAACCAAGGUAAAGUUCGUCGGCCACUUCCUCCCACUGAUGCCAUCUUCCUCAUUGACUCGUCCGACGAAGUGACAACUGAUGAAUAUGAAAGACAGAAAGACAUCAUCAAAUCCAUCACACGAUCAUUUGACAUUGGAUUGACCAACACCAGGGUAGCGGUAAUUGCCUAUAGUGACCGUGGAAGGAAUGUAAUAGAGUUUGACACGCACGGUAACAUUCUAGACCUUCAUAAGGGUAUAGAUACCAUCCCUUACCUCGGUGGAAGGAGACGACUCGACGUGGCCGUCACAGAGGCUAACGCGUUGUUAUCUGAAACGCGACCCAAGGCCAAUAAAGUCGUCUUCCUUCUUACAACCGGUCGCCACAGACCAGAGUUUGGAUCGACUCCUCUCCGUACCGCUGCUCUACCUCUACGCGACAAGGCUCAAGUGUUUGUCAUUGGCAUUGGUUCUCGACCAAACGUUCAAGAACUUCAACAACUAACGAGCAGAGAUGGAAAUGUGUACAUGAUUCCUUCAUUAGGAAAAAUGUUUCCUCAGAUUGAGGUCAUACAGAUACAAGUGACUUCAGGUAUAGAAAGUCCAAAACAAAUGUCAGAUCAAAAAAUCGACCUCUUAUUCGUGGUCGAUUCCUCGGAUAGCGUUGGAAGAACCAAUUUCCUCAAGUCUAAAGAAUUUGUCAAAGCAUUCGUCAGAGCUUUUCAAGUUUCCCCUGAUAAGACACACGUGGCUUUGAUCAGAUUUGGUGACACCGCGGAACUCAGCAUCCGGUUUGGCGAGUACACAAACAUCGGAGAGUUUAACCGGGCAGUUGAUAAUGUUGGUUUUGUUGGAGGACCAAAGAGACUAGAUAAAGCUCUUGUUCUCGCUGCGCGCGUUUUACCAAAGGCACGUCCAAGUUCAAAGAAAAUCGCAAUCAUUAUAUCUGACGGAAAGCAGACUCAAGGACCUGGAGUCGAACCUCUGGAUUUUGCAGCGCAACCUUUACACGGGAUUGGCGCCAAAGUUUACGUCAUUGGAACAGGGCAACAAGUCGACAUACCGAAUCUGCAAAAGAUCAUCCAGAAACCGGGAGAUCUGUUCGUAAGCAGGUCUUACGAUGAUUUGAUACAACAGAUACUUUAUUUGAUGAGGCAUAUGACGAAAGGUCCAGCAACAAGUCCACCGGGUUACAUCUCAGACGUCAUGUUCUUGGUUGACUCAUCUGAUUCCUUAACCAACCGAGAGUUUGAGUACCAAAAAGAUUUCCUUCGAGAAAUAUCCAGGCGUCUUCGCGUAUCUCCGGUUGCCACACGAGCUGGAUUCAUAACAUAUAACGACAAUGCGCAACUCCGUAUGAACUUUAAUUCGUAUAACACAACAGCCGAGUUUUAUUAUCAGCUAUCGCAGAUACGUAGGGAAGGAGGUGGUCGGAGACUUGAUAAAGCUAUAGAGUUAGCUGGACAGACGUUUGCUGGAGUGCGUCGAAACGCGGCAAAACUCUUGAUCAUCUUCGCUAAAGGCAGUGCAAUAACAGAUCCAGACUCUAAACCACUUUCGGAGGUCAUGAGACCCCUGAAAAACCAAGGUGUAGUGAGUAAUGUUCUUGCUAUCGGGUCUGAAGUAGAUGUUGAACAACUGACUAGCAUUGCUUUAAGGCCUGAGAAUAUUCUUAUUGUGGAUAGCUAUGGCGCGCUGAGGAACCAAGUCGAGAGGAUCUGGAAGCAUAUUGUCGGUACAACCGUAGUCAGUUGCAACAAAACACUUGACGUCGGUAUUGUAAUGGACUCCUCUGGAAGCCUGGGACCGAUUCACUACUCCAAGGAACGAGACUUCAUUAAGUCCAUCAUCCGGGAACUGAUCACAGCUUCUCCGCGCAGUCGCGUCGGCAUCAUACCUUUCAGUGACAAUGCUGAAGUUGCGAUCAACUUUGAAGACUUUGAGUCGAUGUCCACGUCUGCUCUUGAUGCUAGUAUUGAUGGUCUUCCAUAUGAACAAGCAAGGACUCGAAUAGAUAGAGCCCUUGAUACGGCUAAUAGGGGACUAUUCACUACUAAACGAUACGGGGUACCACAGGUACUAAUUCUGAUUACAGACGGGCGACAAUCUAAAGAUCUCGGGUACACACCUGUAGAUCAGGCAAUAAUUCCUCUCAGAAACAAAGGCAUCAAGACUCUGACUGUUGGCAUUGGUAAAUACGUUGAUCUGGAAGAACUCAAGCUCCUUACCACUGACAAUAUGAAUAUAUUUAUUGUGGGCGCGUUUGAUGAAUUAGAGGGAAUUGUCAGAGGACUGGUGACUAGAUCCUGUUCUUUGUAAGAAGAAAACUGAAUAUAUUUAAGUGAAUAUACUGGGCUGCCUUUCAUAACCUUUCAAUUACUAUAACAACAAGGAUCAUUCAAGUUUUCAAAACCAACUAUGAGAAGCUGGCAUCUCGAGGUCCAUUUGGUACAUCUCACAUAUCCAGGUUCCAUUCGUGCGAUAUGUAUUCUACCAACAGGACAAAAUUUUAGACUCUAAAACUCAAGUUGUAAGGGUGGUAUAAGAUUUUUAUCCAAUAGAAGUCAGAACCAGCCAGGCUCAGUAUUGGGACUUUUUUAUAAAGAUAAUUCAUUUAUCGAAAUUAAGAAUAAGCAUGGUUUUCUACAACAGCCAGGUAUCUAGCUAUUUUUCUUCUUUUUAUCUGUUACAUUGUUCGCAUGGAAUUACGAUAGGUUAGUAAACAAAAAGGAAAUUUAUAUUAUAUCCAAUCGGCACACUAAAUAAAGUCUUACGAUAGAUUAGUAAACAAAUCCUACUGGUCGAGUAAAGGAAAUUUAUAUUCUAUCAAUCCAAUCGGCACACUAAAUAGAGUGUUAAUUUCUCAAUAAAAAUGUUAUUCAUCA